AAAUACUCGUGCGACGAGGGAAACAAAAACAACGCCCUCCUCCUCCUGCGCUAGUUGCGAUGGUUGCGACGGGCCAAGCUGAAAUGGCACGGAAUUCGUAGCAUCGUCGAUGGAUGUUUGACACUACAACUCUGGAUGGAUCAAUGGAGCUGCGGGUGUGGCUGGAAGGUGGGCCACAGCGGGUGGUGUGUGGUGUAACUGAGGCCACCACAUGUCAGGAUGUGGUGUAUGCGCUGGCUCAGGCAACUGCACAGACCGGCCGAUUUGCUCUAGUUGAGCGCAGCCGUCGCUCCGAGCGCCCCUUGGCGCCCUCCGAUCGGCCGUUGCGGCUGCUUGCCCGCUGGGGACGCUGUGCAUCAGAUGUCCACUUCCUGCUGAGACGGUGCGGUCCCGCAGUGUCCAAGGCUGGCACGCCACGAGGCAGUGCAGCUGUGCAGGCAUCAUCGCCCCCGCUGGACAGGGUAUCGCAUAGGCCACGGCGGCCACCGCCGUACGAUGAGGCAGUCACGCGUCUUGCGGCUGGCACGCACCACUUGUUGCCUCCUCGAGGGGAGCCACCACUUCAAGGCCUGGGUGACUCACCCAGUAAGCAGCCACCCGACGACUACUCUGAACUGCUCAGGGUGGUCAGCCUACAGAGGGAGCGCCUGCACAAGAUCCAUGAGGAAUUGGCCCAGAAGGACGCCGAGCUGUGUACGUGGGAAGAGGCCAGCCCUCCCCUGGAAGAGCAGCUGCACCUUUCGCGGCAGGAAGAGCGCACGCUGCACUCCGAGUUGACCCUGGCACGCUCGCAGCUGGCCACCUGUGAGGCACGCCUGCUACAGUGCCGUCAGCGCCUGUGCCAGCUGGGACAUGAGCUUGCGGAGGAGAAGCGGUGUCAAGGUGGUGAAGAAGAAGACCUGUCGGAGCAGCUGUCCGAGCGUCGGCGCAUGGUAGCUCAGCUGAGUGAGGAGCUGCGCGAGGCCAACCUGGAGGCCCUGGCUUUGGCCGACGCCGACCACAAGCAUUGGCUGGAGGCCUCUGGCGGGUUUUUCAAUCGUCCAGGGAGCACACGCAAGAUCAUUGGAUCUCCACGACAGCUCGAAAGUGCAGUGCCUACCAGCAAGAAUCCAAACGGUGUCUGGGUCUGACUGAAGUCUGCAGCAGUGCCUGCUGCAACCAAGAGCACUGCUGCACUCUGCUAGGACAAAAUGUGUGAUGGCUUUCGGGUAUCCUGCAAGCCAAGCAUGAAGGCUGUGUUCCAGUGAAAAU